ACAAGUUGAGAAAUCCUUAAUUAAUUAUUACUCUAUCCGAUCCGCCGUUAUAUAUUUGAAAUUAAAAAUGCUUCAUCCAUGUAUUGACAUGCAUCGAUCGAACACAAAAAAAUAUUGAACUCCGUAGAUCUUUAGUACUAAGAAUCAGUAUAUUUGAAUCAAUGGAGGGGAUAAGUAGUGGAUUGAGAUGGAGAGGGAGAGGAAUACUAACAGGAAAAGGGCGCCGUGCGUUGGAGGAAUACAAAGAAGAAGAGCCAUUGAGUCCAUCGGCUCGGAUGUUUCACGAACCCAACUUCAACGUGCAUGUCAUUGCAGUUAUGGGCUCCUUCUCCGCAUUCAACCCUCAAGUUAUCAAGGACAAUUUGGUCCAUACUCUUCUUAAGCACCCGCGCUUCACCAGUGUCCCGGUAGUGGAGGAAGGAGGUAAUAUGAAAUGGGUGGCGACAAAGGUGGACUUGGACCAACACGUUGUGGUGCCGGAACUGGGAGGUGGCAAUUUCCUCCUCGGAGGAUCCUCACCAGACAAAUUUAUGGAAGACUACAUUUACAACCUCAGCAAAACGAGCCUCUCAAAAGCGAAACCGCUGUGGGAUCUGCACCUCCUCAACCUCAAAACCUCCGACGCGGAGGCGGUGGCAAUCCUGCGAGUACACCAUUCCCUGGGCGACGGCACCUCGCUCAUCUCCCUCCUCCUUGCGUGCACUCGCCAGACCGCCAAUCCUCAGCUUCUUCCCACCGUUCCCACCACGAAGAGGAGGAGGCAGCCAUCCGCGUUCUCAGGCGAGGCUUCUCCCAGAUUCUGGACUACGUAUGUUGUCCGGCUUCAGCAUUUCGUAUUGCUUCUGUGGCAUACCUUAGUUGACGUCUUCAUGUUUCUCGCCACUGCCGCCUUUCUCAAGGAUAGUAAUACCCCCAUCAAGGCCGCUCCUGGUUCUCACUUUAAUCCUAGACGGGUCGUUUUUCGGACCGUCAGUCUAGACGAUUUCAAGCUUAUUAAGAACGCCAUGGAUAUGACCAUUAAUGAUGUUGCAUUAGGAAUCACUCAGGCAGGGUUGUCACGUUAUCUCAAUAAACGAUAUUGUGAGGUGAAGAGUGGCAAUUCGGGAGAAAUGGAUAAAGGGAAUCAUCUUCCCAACAACAUCCGUCUUCGGUCAACUCUUCUUAUUAAUCUAAGACCAAAUGCUGGAAUUCAGGCAAUGGCUGAAAUGAUGGAAAAUGAGUCAGAAGCAAAAUGGGGAAAUUGGAUUGGUUAUGUCAUCCUUCCCUUUUGCAUUGCCCAGAAGGAUGAUCCACUGGAUUAUCUUAGAGAUGCCAAGUUAACCAUUGAUCGCAAGAAACAUUCUCUCGAAGCACUCUACUCAUUUUUAAUAGCAAAAUUUGUGCUAAAGCUUUUUGGCAUUAAGGUAGCAGGAAGCUUAUCACACCGAAUUAUUGAGCACACAACGAUGUGCUUCUCAAACUUAGUUGGUCCUCAAGAGGAAAUUGGGUUUUAUGGUCACCCCAUGGCCUAUCUCGCUCCUUCUUCUUAUGGACAACCUCAUGGAUUGAUGAUUAACUUCCAAAGCUAUGUGAACAAGAUGACCAUGGUCUUAUCAGUGGAUGAUUCUGUAAUUCCAAAUCCACACCAGUUGCUUGAUGAUCUUGAAAUGUCUCUUAAGAUCAUUAAGAAUGUUAUCGUUGAUAAGAACUACUAGUACACAUAAUUAGAACUAUAUGUAGGAUGCUACAUAUAUUUACAUUUUAAUAAUUUGAAUAAAUUUCUAUGUUAUAA